AUGUGGACAAGUCUGCACCAGGAGGCACUCUGUCCGGUCUGUCUCGGACCUUGCUCCCUUCCCAGUAGUCUCUCCUGUGUGCAUACCUUCUGCUAUGACUGCACGCAGAGCUGGGUGCUGCAAAGGCCGGCUCUGAGAUUGAUCUGCCCCUUGCGUCGAGAAGUAACCACGAAGCCGCCUUUGGACGAACAGCGACUUAGAUUCCUUUCUAGUCUCAUUGAACAGCACGGCUUCCUCCUGGAGCAAAGUCUGCACAUGAGAGGUGAAUUCCUGAUGUUCCGGGAGGACGUGACCCUGGAUGCAGCCGCCGCAAACUCCCGCCUAGUGCUCUCUGACGACCGGAGGGAAGUCCACUGUGCAAAGUUCUGCCACCAGCCGAGGGAAGAUCCCAGAGAUUUGCCUCCACGGCCUGUGUCCUGGGCACCCCGUGCUUGUCCUCCGGUUGCCAUUACUGGGAGGUGGACGUGGGAGAGAGGAUGGAGUGGGCUCUGGGAGUCUGCAGGGAAUCCGUUGACAGAGGGAGGAAGAGCGGGUUUUCCUCCGAGGUUUUGUGAUGUUAGAAAUGAUGCCCUCAUCUACAUGCAUCCUAAUUUCUUUUUGGAAUCUUUGCGUCCAUCUUUCUGUCCUGAGUUGCCUGGAGAAGAGGACAGUAGUGCCCACUGA